GAGCAUAUUCAAAUCUGUUAGAGAGGAUUGAUCAGGUCAUAGUAUUUUGCACUUGAGCAUGUCUUUGUGAAAUAUAUAUAAAUUAGACGUAAGCAGAGUGAGAGAGCGUGCAGACACGACAAACACAAAAGGCCUCCCCACGUUCCGGUCGGUUGGUGACAACGACUGUUUCGUUUCUGAUUCAAAUCUCUUUUAAGUUUUCACCAGACUACUCCUUCUCUUCACUCGACUUGUUUUUUUUUUUCCGAUCAACAUCUUAUUUUCUCUCUUUUUCGUUUUAGCCGAUAUGAGAAAACUCUGUCCCAACUACAACCUCGAAGACGGGUUAGAGACCGUUCUCGAGGUUCCUAUGCCCGAGGAGUUGUUCUCUGCGUCCAAGACCAAACCGGGAUGGAACCAAAUGAAGUCUUUCUGGUCAAAACCCACGGCCACCGCAACCGCCACAAACAUGACGCGACUCUUUGGUGGUCGUAACGCCGAGAUCCAGCUCCUCCUUGGAGUCGUUGGAGCUCCUUUGAUCCCUCUCCCUGUUCAGCCUGACCACCACAACGAUUAUGAAAACCCUAUCCAUAAAGACAUCAAAGACCAACCUCUCGAGAUGUCGAUGGCUCAAUACAUAGUAAAACAGUACAUAGCAGCGGUAGGAGGAGAACGGGCGUUAAACGCAAUAGAGAGUAUGUACGCGAUGGGGAAAGUGAGGAUGACGGCAUCAGAGUUCUGCACAGGAGAAGGAAGCUUGAACAGCAAAAUGGUGAAGGCAAGGAGUAUCAGGAGUGGUGGAGGAGAAGUAGGAGGCUUUGUGUUGUGGCAAAAGGGUAUAGAGCUAUGGUGUCUUGAGCUAGUCGUCUCCGGCUGCAAAAUCAGUGCCGGUAGUGACGCCAAAGUUGCUUGGAGACAAACUCCAUGGCACCCUUCUCAUGCCUCUCGCGGUCCUCCUAGACCAUUGCGCCGUUUCCUCCAGGGUCUUGACCCAAAGUCAACGGCAAACCUAUUCGCAAGAUCUUCAUGCAUGGGAGAGAAGAAGAUAAACGACGAAGACUGUUUCAUACUCAAGCUCGAAGCCGAGCCAUCAACUCUCAAGGCGAGAAGCAGCAGCAACGUAGAGAUCAUACGCCACACCGUGUGGGGAUGUUUCAGCCAGAGAACAGGUCUUCUAAUCCAGCUCGAAGACUCUCACCUCCUGAGAAUCAAAGCUCAAGAAGACAACAGCAUCUUCUGGGAGACGACGAUGGAGUCUCUGAUCCAAGACUACAGGAUCAUCGACGGCGUCCAGGUGGCACACGCUGGUAAAAGCUCGGUUUCUCUGUUUAGGUUUGGCGAGAACUCGGAUAACCACUCGAGGACGAGGAUGGAAGAGACUUGGGAGAUUGAAGAAAUGGAUUUUAACAUCAAGGGUUUGUGCAUGGAUUGUUUCUUGCCUCCUUCUGAUCUCAAGAAGGAUGAUGAUGAGGAGGAAGAAGAGGAAGAGGAAGUGGAAGUGGAGUGUGGGUUAGCUGCGAAUAACGAGAAGCUUCCUAUGAAGAUUAGAAGCGCUUCUUUGAAGAUUAGUUCGUCUAAGGUUCUAGCCAUUGUGGAAGAAGAGGAUGAAUCAGAUGUCACUGAAGAGAUGGAGGAGACGUAAAUGCAUGGCUUGAUGAGUUUCGGUUUUUUUUUUGUACAUAAUGAUUUUAAAUCUAUUGCAACACCGAAACAUAUGCAUCUGAAACAGAGGUGCAUUUUUUUCUUUAUAUAUAUAUUUUGGUUUUUUUA